AAAAAAAAAUUAAAAUUAAAAUAAAUUUUCCCCCGAGAAAACGAAAGAAAACGAGAGAAAAUCUCAGAGGGAAAAAAAAAAAAAUAGAGGAGAGACAAAAAUUCAAGUAAAUGUAGUGCGGUAGCUCUGGUUGGUGAUUCUUCUUUAUUAUUGUUUUUAUUAUUGUAUCAAAAACCCUAAGCUUAAGCAAUCAGACAUCAGUGGUUGCUUGUUUGCUUGCUUGCUCCGGCUUCAGAUCUUGCUUCGAUUCUUUGCUCUGCGGCGAUCUUCCGAUGGAGAAGUCGAGGAGAAGUUUGAUGCAGUUGAAAUGCUGAUAAGUUUAUGUUGUUUUGCUUCGAAUUGAGUUGGCCUUUUGAUGUUAAUCGCCUAAAAUGUCCGCGGCUUUUGAGCGGCCUAGAGGUGGAGCUCCCAAUACGGUUUUCAAGAGUGGCCCGCUUUUCAUAUCCUCAAAAGGCUUGGGUUGGAAGUCUUGGAAGAGACGAUGGUUUAUCCUGACACGAAAUUCCUUAGUUUUCUUCAAAAAUGAUCCUAGUUCCCUACCACAAAAAGGGGGUGAAGUUAAUUUGACAUUGGGAGGAAUUGACUUGAAUAACUCUGGAAGUGUUGUUGUUAGAGAAGACAAAAAAUUGCUAACAGUACUAUUCCCUGAUGGACGUGAUGGGCGAGCAUUCACUCUUAAGGCAGAAACAUCAGAGGAUUUGUUUGAGUGGAAGACAGCUCUAGAACUUGCCCUUUCACAAGCGCCAAGUGCGGCUCUUGUCAUUGGACACAAUGGGAUUUUUCGGAAUGAAACAAAUGAUACAAUUGAAGGCUCAUUCCAUCAAUGGAGGGAUAAACGUCCUGUAAAAUCUUUGGUUGUUGGAAGACCGAUUCUGCUUGCCCUUGAAGAUAUUGAUGGUGGUCCUUCGUUCCUUGAGAAAGCUCUUCGGUUUCUUGAGAAUUUUGGAACUAAAGUUGAAGGAAUUCUACGACAGUCUGCAGAUGUUGAGGAGGUAGAUCACAGAGUUCAGGAAUAUGAACAGGGCAAGACUGAGUUCAGUCCUGAUGAGGAUGCUCAUGUUGUGGGAGACUGUGUUAAGCAUGUGCUGCGGGAGUUACCCUCAUCUCCAGUUCCAGCUUCCUGCUGCACUGCAUUGCUUGAGGCUUACAAAAUUGAUCGGAAGGAAGCUCGGAUUAAUGCAAUGCGCACUGCAAUAUUAGAGACAUUUCCUGAACCAAAUCGGCGCCUAUUACAAAGAAUUCUGAAGAUGAUGCAUACAAUAUCAUCUCAUUCUCAUGAGAAUCGAAUGACACCAUCAGCUGUUGCGGCUUGCAUGGCACCCCUACUCUUACGCCCUCUGUUAGCUGGUGAAUGUGAGUUGGAAGAUGACUUUGACUUUAAUGGUGAUAAUUCUGCGCAGCUUCUUGCUGCUGCAAAUGCUGCUAAUAAUGCUCAAGCCAUCAUUACAACUCUUUUGGAGGAGUAUGAAACCAUUUUUGAUGAUGAAAAUCUACAAAGAUGUUCUAUUUCAGCUGAUUCUAGGAUUGAGAACAGUGGAAGUGAAGAUUCAACUGAUGAUGAAAAUGUGGAUAUAAAAGGCAAUGGUUACCAUGAUGCAGAAAAUGAAGUUGAUCCAGAAACAGAUGAAGAUCCUGAACGGGUUCUAAGUGGGAAAUUAAGUGAGAGCAGUGGUUAUGCUGGCAGUGAUCUCUAUGACUAUAAGGUAUUUGGAGGUGAUGAUUCAGAUGUUGGAUCACCUAAAGACAACCAGGUUGAGGCUGAGAGUUCAAGUGCAGCACUAGAUCCUCUAAAGAUCAGGCAUCCUAAUGGUCAGCUGAUGGUGGAACAAGAUAAGCAGAAAAAAGGAAAUGAAAAUCAAACUAAUGAAAUUGGUUCUUCAAAUUUGCUACCUGCUGGUGAAUCUUAUCGAUCAAUGGGAGAGAUUUUGUCCUCAAUGGAUCCAGGCCAUGCUGUACCUGCAUUGGGACUUGAGUCUUCCACUGAGAAGCCAGUGGGCAAACCUAAGGUUCAUUCAAAGAGAACAUUCUGGGGACGGAACAAUGCCAGGAAGACACCUUCAACAGAAUCGGUUGAUUCUUCUGGAGAAGAAGAGCUUGCCAUACAGAGGCUUGAGAUCACAAAGAAUGAACUUCAAAACCGGAUUGCAAAAGAGGCAAGAGGAAAUGCAAUUCUCCAGGCUAGCCUGGAGAGAAGAAAGCAAGCAUUACAUGAGCGUCGGUUGGCACUUGAGCAAGAUGUAUCGAGAUUGCAAGAGCAGCUUCAAGCUGAAAGGGAUCUCAGAGCAGCACUUGAAGUUGGCUUGAGCAUGUCUUCCGGGCAAUUUUCUAGUUCCCGUGGGAUGGAUUCUAAAACAAGGGCUGAGCUUGAGGAGAUUGCUCUUGCUGAAGCAGAUGUGGCCCGAUUGAAGCAGAAAGUUGCAGAACUCCACCAUCAGCUAAAUCAGCAGCGGCAGCAUCACUACGGUUCCCUCUCUGAUGCAUGUGACCGUUAUCAACAUGUCCAAAAUCAUAACUCUCAACAGAGGUUUCUUCAGCAAGAUUUUGACACGACCCUUGCCUUUUGUAAUCAUGAAAGGAAACAAAGAAUAGAGGAGAAUUUGUUAGGAGCAGAAUGGAGGAAUGCUAAAGGACAAGGAUUGGCUGUUGGCAACAGCAGCAGGCAACCUACACGAAAACAAUUUAUUGAAACAAGCUUGACUGACUCAAAAAAUACAGAGGCAUCCACAACUUUGUCCACGGAUGAUCUUUGUGCUGUUGAUUCUCAAUCAGCCCCGUCCACUUCGAGGGCAGUAGAGCAAGCAAUUGAUUUACCAAGACAUCCAUUGGCAGCCUCUUCUGCUUUGGUAGAAUUAACAACUCGUCUUGACUUUUUUAAGGAAAGACGCUCCCAACUGAUGGAGCAGCUCCACAACCUCGAUUUGAACUAUGGCACAUCCUCCCAAGAUUUUGUCUAUAAACCAUCAUCGCCACCGUGGAACUAGCUUAAAAUGGUGCUAGAUCUGCAUCCUCUUUGUUGUUGUACAUCCUCCAUUGUUGCAUAUAGGUAUAUUUCUUGUAGUCGUGUUCAUCUCAUAUUUAUUGUCUCUCAUCCCUCCCCCCACUUUUUGGUGAGAAUGUGAUUUGGAUUGUAAUCAUGUCUUUGAUCAUUUUAUUUUUGUCAAAAAUGUUGGGGAAAAAAAUCUGAAAAAAAAAAAAUUGUGUGAAUAGAUUAGGUGGAGUUUUGAAUUUGACAAUUUAUUGUGAUUUAUGUGAAGAGAACAGUCCCCUUUUGAUAUACCCAUCUUUCGUGUAUUUUUUGACAUUGUUUUUCCUAUAUCUUCUCCUUAGUAAGCUAAUCAAAUUCGUUUUUACUA